CAUUUACUUCAACCGAGGCCGCCGAUAUAGCGCCAACUUCUCACCUACUUAUUUCAUGACUGGGCUCUUCACGACAAAGAGCGCUUAGCCGCCUCGUCGGAUGUCACAGGCAGUUAAUUGUUUUUUUUUCUUUUUCUUUUUGCUAGAUUUCAUAUCAACAAGGGCCAUCCAAGACCGUCUUGUUGCGUCGCAACAUCUAAAGGGCAUCCUCCGAGCCUGGGCUUUAAGCAACGGUUUCUUGGAGAGUAUUCUCCCACCACGACAGGAUCGGGACCGCCAGGGAACGACGCAGGCAUUAGCGAUUACUUUUCAAUCAUAUAUCGAGUCACAUAUCGACGAGCUCUUGAUCACGAUCUACAAAGGACGCUGGCAACGCGAGGCAGCUAUUCACGGGCUGCAGACACCGGCAAGCCGGUAACCGCAGGCGCAGUAAAGACGCUCAGGUCUGGACUGGGAAAAAAAUCAGAAGAGCAAGAUCUCGGAUUAACUUUGCGACUUAGAUGAUAGCGUGUCGUUCGCCGUCCGUCCUCAGUUGAACUUGGAGUCUAUCGACCGUCGUGAAAUCAACACGCUGUUGGAGGGGAACUCUAGAACCUCGCGUU